GGAGGAAAUUCAUAUUUCCAGAAAAGUGAUGAUGCCUUCUAUCAUGCAUUGAGUGAUUGCCACAUUGCAGCAAAGAACAAAUUCUCAGUGUCGACAUCGAGGAACACAAGACAACAACAGAAGAUCCCUCUCCUUGGCUAUCAAUGGCGGAUAGCAACGGCGACAAAACACUGCGUCUAAUCGCCGGCGCAUUCAAGGACCUCGCCAGCGCAGUCGCCGAUUCGCAGAAGGCAGAGGUGGAGGUUGCUCCCUUCUCGCAGGCAUGCUCUCUCGUCUCCCCUCUCUUCGGAUGCUUAGGUGUGGCCUUCAAAUUCGCUGAAAGGGAUUAUGUUGCCAAGGUUGUAGAUUUAUCAGAGGCAUCGAAGUCCAUUCCGACUUUACAUUCUUUGAUUGAUCGGGAUGUACAAGCUGAUUCUGUCAGGACUGCGGGCAGCCAUACCAGAAAUCUGUUGAGAGUAAAGCGUGGACUUGACAUGGUCAGAGUACUCUUUGAACAAAUGCUAGUCACUGAGGGAAACUCCCUUAGGGAUCCAGCUUCCAAGGCUUAUGAGCAGGUAUUUGCACCUUACCAUGGUUGGGCUAUCAGGAAAGCUGUUUCUGCUGGAAUGUAUCUCCUUCCUACAAAGGAACAGCUUUUGCAGAAACUCAAUGAGGACGAGGCGUCAGCAAAAGAUCAAAUGCAAAUAUAUGUCUCGUCAUCGGCAUCUCUAAUCCAAUAUAUUGACAAACUCUUUGUUUCCAGAGACUUGGGAAUAGAUUGGUGAACCUUGGAUUGUAUUCAAAUUGUACAAUGUAAUUUGCUAUUAAGUUAUAUGCCAUAAUUCAAGUGUUUAGUAUUCAUUUUAUUAUGUAAUUAGUCCAUAUUACAGUUGAUGUUUUUUAGCGCUAAUUUGCUGGCUAUUAAGAUGCUACUGGAUAUGUAUACUCAAUGGUAAUAGUGGGUUCCAAACA